ACAAACAACAAUACAAUAGCCUGUCAAAGCGCAAAGCAAAUUCUGUAGUGUCAACGCUUUUACGCUUUUUGUGUUUGUUGUGUUUGUCUUUUUAUUUUGGUCACUGUGAGUUUGCUUUUGUCAUUUCUCACAUUCAUUCUCUUUCACCGUUUCAACUCAGCUUCUCUCUCUCUCUCUCUCUCUUUGGACUCGUUGAAGUUUCUUUCUGAACUGGGUUUCUAUUUUUAUUUUUUAUUUAUUUUUUAUCAUCAUUUAUUUGUCUCUUAUAUAGUAUUUAUUUUCCACCAUAAAUUUUCUUUAAAAAAAAAAAAAAAAAAACUUUUUUGAAGUGAGUAAUGGGUAGGAGUGAGAGUUAGCAAAAUAAAUAAAAAAUUUAAAAAAAUUGGCACUUUCUUUUUGUUGGGUCCUCUUAAAAAGGAACUCAUUUUGUUUACACAUAGUUUGGUUACAGAGAAGGAAACCUCUUUUUUGCUUUUUCUCUCUUCAAAACUUCAUCUUUCUCUCUGGUUUGUGUUUCUGUCUCUAAGUGGGUGGGUGUGUGUGUGUGUGUGAGUAUUAGGGCUUUGGAUUCUUUGUAGGGUGUGGGGGUUUUUGGGGUCUGAAUUGAGGCAGUUAUGGUGAGAAAACAUGGAUGGCAACUACCUGCUCACACCUUUCAGUAGACGUCAUUUUUUUGGCGGGAAGCUGCAGUCUUGAGUCCUCAAUCAACCUUGAUAGUAUUAAAUGGUUAAAUGGUUAAAACAAAGGUCUGUGUUUUGUGGGACAUUUAUUUGUAUCAACAGAAGCUGGAAAUGGUCAAUAUGCUGGUGGUUGGUUGUUGCAAUCACUGUAUUCUGCUUGUUAGUGGUCGCAUUCUAUGCUUUCUUUGCUCCUUUCCUUGGAGGCCGUACCUGGGAGUACAUUCUGGUUGGCACUUACUCCCCAGUGGCACUCCUUGUUUUCAUUCUUUAUGUUCGCUGUACCGCAAUUAACCCAGCGGAUCCUGGAAUUAUGUCCAGAUUUUAUGGUGGGACAACUAAUAUUCUCAAUACAAAUCAUGGGUUAUCGGCAAAUGACCUGCCUAGAAAAUUUGAUGAAACUGCUAGCAGGGAGCAUUCUUCUCCGUCAUCAGCUUCCAAAAGUUCUAUAGCAGGGGCUAACUCUAGUAGGAAAGGCUCAGUAGGUGAAGUUGGGGGAGUAAAUAUUCCCUUGGAACCAAUCAGCUCAAAGUCCUGUUCUAACACGGGAGGAAUCUUCUGUGCAUUGUUUGUGCAUGAAGAUUGCCGCAAACAGGAAGGGGCAGCUGAGGAGCAGGGCACUGGUGAAGAGGCUUUGUUCUGCACAUUGUGUAAUGCUGAGGUUCGCAAAUUCAGCAAACACUGUAGAAGUUGUGAUAAAUGUGUUGAUGGUUUUGAUCACCACUGCCGGUGGCUUAACAAUUGUGUAGGGCACAAAAAUUAUGUGACUUUUAUUUCUCUCAUGGCCAUAAGUCUUGUUUGGCUUGUUAUUGAAGCUGGAGUUGGAAUUGCUGUUCUAGUGCGUUGCUUUGUUAAUAAGAAAGGCAUGGAAACUGAAAUUUUUGAUACGCUUGGAAAUGGUUUCACUCGUCCCCCCUUUGCAACAGUUGUGGCUAUAUGUACGGUAGUUUCCAUGCUGGCAUGUAUACCUUUGGGUGAACUAUUCUUUUUCCACAUGAUACUAAUUAGAAAGGGUAUCACAACAUAUGAGUAUGUUGUGGCAAUGAGAGCCAUGAGUGAGGCACCUGCAGGGGCAUCUAUGGAUGAGGAAAUGCCAAAUAUAAUGUACUCCCCAUCAGGGUCUGCUACAACUGGUUUGAGUGGUGGUAGUUCCCUGGGUCUACAAUACAAGGGGGCAUGGUGUACCCCUCCCAGGGUAUUUGUGGACUAUCAGGACGAAGUGGUACCUCACUUGGAGCCUGGGAUGGUUCCAUCAACUGUCGAUCCAGACGCAGCUGAAAAUGCAGAAAGAGGGCAAAAGGUACCGAAAAGGCCUGUUCGUAUUAGUGCUUGGAAGCUAGCGAGGUUAGAUUCUAAUGAAGCCAUGAGAGCGGCAGCCAAGGCUAGGGCAUCAUCCUCUGUUCUGCGACCAGUUGAUAACCGCCGUUUACAGGAUCCUGAAUUAAGCUCCAGUGGCAACAUGAGCAUCAGAAGUAGCGUGAGCACUGACACGGGGGCAAAUAAAGAGAUAAAGAAUGAUUUACGAUUAUCUCCCCUGAGAACCUCUUUUGCUCCAAGCCAAGGUAGCCGGGAUGAGUAUGAAACUGGGACUCAAAGCGUGAGCAGCUUCAGCAGUCCGAGCCAUGUUCAUGAAGCUGUCACACUCAGCCCUCUACCGCAAGGUCAUGGUCUGGGUCGUUUUAGUGCAGCUACCUCUGUCCCUAGUUUUGUUCAUGAUCGUCCAUUAACUUCUAAGGCAACUUUUCCAAAUGUCAAGACCUCUACAUCGCAUCCUUCAGCAUUUGAUGAAAAGAUCAUGCAGAAGGGAAGUACUGAUCCUUUAAUGUUUACAGCUCCAGCUACUUCUCUUCUCAGAGACGUUAAAAGGACAUCUGUUGUUUGGGACCAAGAAGCUGGGAGAUAUGUAUCAGUUCCUGUAUCAGCUUCAGAAGCUAGAAACCGAUCAUCCAUGCAAAUUGGAUUGCCAAGUUCUACUGCUGAAACUAGCAGUCAUGGCAGAAGGCCAGUUAUUCCGCCACAUGAGCCUUCAUCUUCUGCAGCAAAGGCUCCAGUUCCACAAGCAGAGAAGCUGCUCUACACAGGAGACUCAAUUUUCUUUGGUGGUCCACUCUUGAGUGUCCCGGUAAGGGAUAGUUUGAAGAAUGAUCGAGGUUUGGGUUCUAGAGAGAGCCAAGAGAGAGUGGCCUUUAAUUUGUCACGGGAGUCUAGAUUCAAAAGAGACUCAACAUCAAAUCAGCUUCCUGUGUUUGUCCCAACAAGUUUCGAGCAUAAAACCCAAUCUGGCCCUGGUUUUAAGUAGCUUCAAGCUUAUCAUUGGACUUCUAACAAAACGAAUGCACAAUUUUCCUCCAAUUUGGUUAUUGAUUGGCCAAUGGAAGCUGGGAAACCUUUGACAGGAGCUGCUCUGAGACCCCUGAAGCCUUAUGUUUCGAAACUGUUGCAACCACGAUUGUAUCAGGAUGUUCGAGCGAUUAACUGGCUGAAUUUCUGAAUUUGCACUCCGGCUUUUAGUGAAGCUUGUUUGAUUUUACACAUCGGCAUUAGGUGAAGUUUGUAAAUGAGAGGGCAAUUCAUAGAAAUAUCACUCUCACGCUCACUAAACAACGUUUCCAAACAAUAUCACUUCAGUCCUUUCUAACUCUACAACUGAGCUUCAUUGAUAGGUUUUAGAAAAUUUGUCGAAAUUUUCUAUUCCACUUUUUAUGUUAAUCUUGUUGAUAUGAUUAUUUUUCAA